AAGAGGGCUGCACAUUUCAGCCUGUUCUCUAAUUAACAGAAUAGUUUGCGCCACUUUUGCAACCUCUCCCUUCCACUUCCAAUGGACCAGAGACACUGAGCGGAUCCAGCUGCGUCAGGUCGCGCUGCACACAUGGAUUUUUGCGCAUCUGCUUUGGUUUUCGGAUGGUUACGCGUCGCGCUGCUGUGGGCUGUGCAGUUUGGAGCGCUGGCGCAACACGCUCCAGAGUGUUAUCCUGGAGGAUAUCGGAUCCUACGGAGUCCAUACCGCAGCGUCAACUUCGACUCCACCGAGAUCCAGAACACGGCCAUCCAAGACCUGAUCUGUGACCACACACUGUCAGCCGGCUGGUACCGGUUCUGGAUCAACAACAGGCCAGCGGAGAUGCCAACCAGCUGCGUUGAGAUGAACCGCUGUGGUACCCAGGCUCCCAUCUGGCUGUCGCUGAAGGACAGCUCUCUGCCUCGACCCGGCCAAACCCGCCAGCUCUCCGCCUGCGCCACCUGGCAGUUCUUCCAAGGCAGCACCAAAGACUGCUGCCUUUUCCGCAUCCCCAUCACGGUGAGGAACUGCGGCGAGUUCCUGGUCUACUAUCUGCAGCCGACGCAGGGCUGCAUGGGAUACUGUGCUAAAGUUGCUCCAGAGUUAGGAUCUAGAGCCUGUUUACCAGGAGAAGCAGAUGUUAACGGCCAAUGCAAAGCUCUGGUCCCUUCCUUACCUUCCCGACCGGUGAUCACAGCAGAGCUCAUUGGACACAGCGUCCACCUCCGGUGCUCCUUUGUCCCGCCGCCCUGGAGCCAGACGCUGGGCUUCCAGGUGGUUUGGGCCAGACACAUCAGUAACAAGAUGAAGGUCGAGAUCAGGCAGGAAUCCACGCUGAAGCACUUCUCCCUGGUGGAGAUGGAUGGCGUUCACUUCCGGCUGGGAGAAACGUUCUCAUGCAGUGUGACGACAUUCAAAGUCAACUCCAACAACACCAGAUCCUCCAUAAGAGAAAGUGAAAGCUUCUACGCCGGGUUAAAGUUUUCUCCCGACUCUCUUCAUAUAGCAGAGAACAACAAGGAGCAUGAGGUAACCGUCCACAGCACGGUCCCCAUUCCAUGCUUCAACUCUGACCUCGGCCAGCAGUGUGGAGUCCCUCUGGCUCUGAGCGUCCAUGAACCAGACAGCCUUAGGCACGAGGUCCCCAAUGUGGUGCUGUCCGCCUGCCAGGUGGAGAUGCAGCCGAAACCCUGCAGCGAUGGCGCCUGUGGAAGCGCAACGUUUGUCCUCACUGCUGUGACAGAUUUCACACGUGAUGGAAAUAGACUGAGCCUGGUCUCUGCUUUGCCUGGACCAGGUGCACCAAGACUCUGGAGGAGCUAUACCCCAACAUCUAUGAAGGUCAUUGUCCAGGACAUUCCCACUUCCAUCUGUUACUCUUUGACUGACCCACAUGUCAUCACAUUUGAUCGCAGGCGUUAUGAGAACCACCAGACUGGCACAUUUGUUCUGUAUCGAAGUCUUGCCAGGAGGUUUGAGGUCCAUUCUCGCCAGUGGGACUGUGGAAGCAGACACUGCUCAGUGGCCUGCAAUUGUGGCGUCGCUGUGCAGGAGGGGAAUGACAUAGCAGUCCUUGACAUGUGCAAUGGCCAGCUUCAAGAAACUCGACCUCAACUUAUUUUAAAGAACCUUGGAGAUGAGGGUAGUCGGGUCAGGGUCCUGGAAUCCCAUCAGGGAAAGAAGGUCACCUUCAUCUUUCCCUCCGGGGCCUUUGUCAGGGCAGAUGUCAGUGACUGGGGGAUUAGCUUGUCCGUGAGAGCCCCAAGCAUCGACUUCCGCAACACUCAGGGACUGUGUGGAACCUUUGACCGCAACAGCAGCAAUGACUUCCAUGGUUCAAACAGUGGCUUUUACGCUACUGAACAGCUGGAUCGCUUCAUUGAGGACUGGAGGAUAGCUCCUGGGGAGAGUUUAUUUGACAGUACACCACAUGUGAUCACUCAAAAGGCCAGGCAGCCUUUUUGUCAGUGCCACAAGGAGUAUACCCCCUCUCAACAAUAUAGUAGAGGGAUGGUACACAGUUAUUCGGGUCACUCUGACUGCACUGCAUACGAUAAUGUGGAUUACACAUCGGUUUUUCCUUCCAUGGAUACAACAGUGGAAUACAUUAAGAGCCCCAAAAGUCCCCUGCAUGACCUUUGGAUUAAAGGGGAGAAAAAUCAACAUGGCGACAAUUUUGGACUGGAUGAAGAGUUGAGGGAAGAUCUGCUGCUUUCCGUAGAAAGACCAAAGAGACAGGCUGUAUUUGAAUUUCAGCCAGUCUUUGUCGCUCAAAGCCUGAGCCAAGCAGAUUUGGAAGGUCUUUCCUAUUUUUUCCCUGAAGAUCACCUGGCAGAAGCUAGACCAAAAGUUCAGCCCAAGUGGCCUACACCGACGGGGCUGACGUCAGCCAAAGCCCUGGAGGUAUGCAAGCUGGCCUUGGUCAACUCCACUGUUGGUACCAUGUGUGGAAGUCUGCUGGGACGCCAUCUUGACGAGGCGGUGGAUCUCUGUAUGAUGGAUCUACAGCUGAAGGAUGACUUGGGCUGGGAGGAAGCCCUCCUGCCCUUCCUGGAGAACGAGUGUGAAAGACAGCUGCUGGAGAAUAGGACCCAGCGGGCCAUGGAGGCUCAUACUUCACCAGGUACCUCUGGUGAAGUGCUGAUGGCACUGCGUUGCCCAAACUUGUGCAAUGGUAAUGGAGAGUGCACCGAGUGGGGUUGCCAGUGUUAUUCCAGUUACAGCAACCAUGACUGCAGCCUUGCCAUCAGUCAGCCAAUUGAGAUAACCGAUUUGGAAAAUGGUGGACUAUGCGACAUCCGAACCUUUGACUGUCGCAGUGUUCGAGUCUUUGGCCUGGGCUUCAUUGAUUCUGCGGACCUGAGCUGCCUCGCCACAAGACUGAAGUACAUUAACAACGGUUGGAUUCCAGAGGAACAGCACAAGACAAAGGCAACUUUCCUCAGCUCCAAGACUUUGGACUGUGUUGUUCCCUCACUUAGCAGCACCGCCAUCAAUACAGAAGACUUCAUGAUGAUCAACAAACCAUACGCACGCUGGGACAUCAAGGUGACCAAUGAUGGCUCCCAGUACAGCCAGGCAAAGAUUCUGACGAUUUAUGAUGGCGCUUGCCAGGUCUGCGAGGCAUCAAACUCAGGGCUGUGUAAAUUAAAGGAGAACUCUUGUAACAUUGAUGGGAUGUGUUUUGCAGCCGGAAGCAUCAAUCCCAGCAGCCCUUGCUUUAUCUGUCAACCAGACGCCUCCAAAUUCACCUGGUCUUUAAACCAAGUCAACGAGCCUCCAUCCUUCCACCUGCCUCAGAGCGGUUUGCGCACGUUCGCCGGAGAGAAUUUCGUCUUCCAGUUUGCGGCGUCUGACCCUGAGGGGUCAGCUCUGCUUUUUCAGCUGGAGGAGGGGCCAGAGAAGGCGGUUCUCUCUCCAGCUGGCCUCCUCAUCUGGAGGGUCCCAUCAGUUCAGCUGGAGGAGGUGGUUCAGCAGACCUUCACUUUCACUCUCUCUGAUGAGUGCAACGCUCAGAGCGCCUUUACAGUGGAGGUUGAUGUGGUGCCAUGCGGUUGCCUGAAUGGAGGGACAUGCGUGACAGACGUCAGUUUUCCUGCAGGCAGUGGAAAGUACUUAUGCGUUUGUCCUGAGGGCAAACAGGGCAAGUUCUGCGGAGAGGAGGUAGAUCCAUGUUUGUCGUCUCCAUGUGCAGCCGGCAGGUGCAUCCGCACAGCCAGCGGGUACAGAUGCGACUGUCCCGUCGGCCUGAGAGGCUUAACAUGCCAGGAGGACAUCGAUGAGUGUGACAGGAAUCCAUGUUUUCCAGGAGUCCGGUGCUUCAACAGCAUCGGCUCCUUCAGCUGUGGUCCAUGCCCCAAAGGCAUGCUGGGAAACGGGACAACUUGUACAGCUGCAGUCUUUGGACCGAACAUCAUCAUCACAACACCGUUUCCACAUAUGAAGGGCGAGGACAUUUUAAGACCUGUCCCCAAAACAGAGUCAACCUCUUGGAGGAAUAAUCCAGGAUUUACUUCCAGCUUAAGACUCAGGAUGGAAGAGACCAAAAAAGGUCUGGCAGCAGCUGGUCAGCCAAUAAAACCAAGAGUUUAUCCAAAUUCAUCCAAGUCCACCAGCGACCGUUUGGAGGACGGCCUGGAGACAUCAGUGAAGACGGAAGUACCGGACCGAUCUACAGCCAGGACUGAAGUGGGGGUUACUUCCAAUAAGACAUCAGGAAAUGGAAGAUCAUCAGCAGGAUCGGUUCAGUCUCCUGCUGUCCGUGUCUCAGCAACAUGUGCCAGCAGGCCCUGCUUCCCUGGAGUUCAAUGCAUCAACCGUAGACCUCCACACGUCGGCUACGUCUGCGGCCGCUGCCCCCCUGGACUUUAUGGCAACGGUCGGGUCUGCAUGAAGACCCCCAAGGAAGCAUCCAAUUUUCUCCCUCAGCAGCAGACGUCUGGAAAAUUCAGCCGAUAUUUGCAGGGAAAAAAAGCCAAAACUUCCCACCUCCACCUGCCAAACUUUCCAUUCAGGCAAUCAAUCAAGCGUCCGCCUUCAUCAUUUGCUACGCAAGACGAGCCAUCAGCUCAGGAUCUGGCAUCGCAGAGAGCUGGUGGAACAGGACGAAGGGAAGCUGUCACAUCUUCCUCUAGAGACGCCACAAAGACAACACCCAGCGCCGUAUCCUAUCCCCUCUCCUCUCAGGAAAUUUCCAUUACCAGAUCCGUCACCAGGUCAAGAAGUGUAACAGGUCCCACGGUUUCCCAGACGUCUGAGCGAGUGUUGACCGGUGCUACAACCGUUAAGGCGACGUCAUCACAGGGAGUCCAGCCUCAGCUUAACCACCACCCGUCACCCAAAUCCUGGACCCCUCAGAGACCAGCUCUUCCUCUCACUGCCGCCCUCACAGUGCUGUCCUAUUCUCUGCCUGAAUCGGAGCUCUCCGCAGAUGGAGACCAUCUUGAUUUCAGCCUAGAGGAUGCCCAAACUCAACCGGAACCAACUCCAACUGCUCUUGUUAGGAUGAUCUCCAGCUCACCACUGCAAAGACCUACUUUCACUCAAGUCAGAAACGACACAGCAGCCAACGGACAUGCGAGAACCUGCUCCGGCAAGGCUUGCUUUCCUGGAGUCCAGUGUGAGCCAGCCGUGGGCGGAGGAUCGCGCUGUGGGAGGUGUCCCGCAGGAUACACCGGAGAUGGACAUAACUGUCGGGCUGUAUGCAGGCACCUGUGUGGCAGAAACAUGGAGUGUGCUGCACCCAACACAUGCCGUUGCAAACCGGGCUACAAUGGAUCAAAUUGCCAGACAGCGAUUUGCGACCCGAAAUGCAUCAAUGGCGGGGUUUGCAUUGCUCCAGGCGUGUGUCAGUGUCCCACAGGUUUCCAUGGAGAAACAUGUCAACAAGCUCUGUGCAGGUUACCGUGUGAAAAUGGAGGCAGCUGUGUGGGACUGCAGACCUGCUCCUGUCCUUAUGGGUUUGUUGGUCCUCGGUGUGAAACAAUGGUCUGCAGCCGUCACUGCCACAACGGGGGCCGGUGUUCGUCCCCAGACGAGUGCACGUGUCCUCCAGGCUGGACCGGACCGUCCUGUGAGAGCGCUCUGUGCUCCCCCGUCUGUCUGAACGGAGGAGUGUGCGCUCGGCCGAAUACCUGCGAGUGUCCUCAUGGUUUCUACGGAGCUCAGUGUCAGAACGCCGUUUGCAGUCCACCCUGUAAAAACGGCGGCAUGUGCAUGAGGAACAACAUCUGCUCCUGCCUGCAGGGAUACUCUGGAGGACGCUGCGAGAAAAGUGUGUGUGACCCCAUGUGCAUGAACGGCGGCAGGUGUGUCGGCCCUGAUGUGUGCGACUGUCCAUCUGGCUGGCGAGGGAAGAGAUGUGACAAACCCAGCUGUCUGCAGAGGUGUCUGAACGGAGGAGAAUGCGUCGGUCCAAACACCUGCACCUGUCCGCCGGGCUGGCAGGGCCUGCUGUGCCAGAACCCUCGCUGUGAGCAGAGAUGUCUGUACGGCAGCCGCUGCGUCCGUCCAAACGUCUGCGCCUGCAGGAGCGGAUUCUCUGGAUCUCGCUGUUCCCAGAGGCUCCCCAUCGCUCAAGGCUGAAGACGACGUUUUGAUGCAAAGGUGGAAAAAAAGGAAGGCUCCCAUUGGACGGGAACCUUUUAUCCAACCAAACUCAUAACAAUGUCCUGACUACUGUAAAUACCUCCAUGUUCAGGUUCCUCACCUAUAAUCCAACCUCCUCUAUGACUAUUUAUUUAUUUGGAUGUUUUAUAUUGUCAUAUAUUCCUCGAUGUAUAUUUCUUAAUCACUUUGUAAUCAUUUGGUUGUUUUGUAAGAGAAUAAAAAAUGUAUUUUAUAGGCAUUUCUCAUUGGAUUGA